AUAAUAUGGAGAGGAAGGGAGGGGAGGAGAGGAGAGGGGGGAGAAGAGAAGAGAGAGCGCGUUGAGACAGAUCAGAGACGGUCCUUUCCAAAGCAAAGCUGUGCGCACUGCGCACCGCCUUCCUUCCUUAUCUCUUCAUCCAUUCAUCCAUCCGCCAUUAACCCACCUUUCAAUUCCCUUCCUCUUUCCUUUUCCUUCAACAAAUUCGCUCCCCCAGAUGCUUAUUCCCCCAUCAGAUCCUCCUCGAUCUCAUUAAAAUGCGUUUCUCUCUUUGUUUCUGCCAGUUUCCCUCUCCCUUCCCCUUUUGAUUCCUCUUUUCUUCUUCCAUUUCUCUUUUUCUAUGAUUAUGAGGAACCCCGGCUUCUGGGUCAUCGGAAUUCUUCUCUUUUCCCUCCUCUUGGGUUUCACUCACUCGGUUAGGGUUUCCGAUUCACCUCCUUUCUGUCCUGCUGAAUCAUUUCUCGACACGAUCUUUCGUUUUAGGGAUUCCAACUCCAACUGCCCUUUUCACGGUGAUGUUCGCCACUACGAAUUUAUUGGUGUUUCUGAGGGAGAUGAGGCUUCAUUACAAAUGGCACUGAAUAUGGUACAUAGUAACCGUUACGAAUACGUUUCAGUGCUCUUCUAUGCGUCUUGGUGCCCGUUCUCCAAGUCUUUCAGGCCGAGUUUUUCUAUACUGUCCUCAUUGUAUGCUUCUAUCCCGCAUUUUGCAAUCCAAGAAUCAGCUGUCCGGCCAAGCAUUCUCUCGAAGUAUGGGGUUCAUGGUUUUCCUACACUUUUCCUUUUAAAUUCUACAAUGCGUGCUCGCUACUAUGGUUCUCGAACUCUCUCUUCCCUUGUGGCAUUCUAUAACGAUGUUACCGGCAUUCAGACUGCAUCACUGGAUCAAAUAUCAUCGGAUAGAAUCGGACAAGUAUGGAAUCGGGAGAAGCAUGAUGAUAACAGUGAGCAGGAAAAUUGUCCAUUUUCAUGGGCAAGGUCUCCGGAAAAUUUACUUCGAGAAGAGACGUAUUUGGCUCUGGCUACUGCCUUUGUGCUGAUGAGAUUGAUAUAUAUUUUCUUCCCAACUCUUUUAGUAUAUGCUCGAUAUGUUUGGCGAAGGCACCUUAGGAACAUGAGAUUGGGAACCUUGUGGGAACGGCCUUUGACGUGCAUGAAAGGAGCAAUUCAGCUAUUCAGCCAUUUCAAGGAUCCUUGCAAGAGAAGCAAUUUACAAGGAGGGGCAAUGAAUGCAAAGGCAUGGGCUAAGUCUUUUGCCACAGUUUCGAUCGGUGAUGCAAGCUCUAGUAGUCGGGUGUGCCAGUGAGAAUGUUGUUGAUGUGCAUCAAAUCGUUCACAGGAUGGUACUGCAGUGAGCUGCAGAAAGUGCCAUUCUGGAUCGUUGAGUAGUUUCUGGGUUCAACAUCGUGUGAACAAAGGUAAAAAAAACGUGGGUACGCGUCCUAAUCCAAUUAUUAUUUUUUUGUUGUAGGAUUUAGAUCAUAAUUUGUUACGCAUUUGCUGCAAAUGAUGUCUGAACCCAAUUUGUGUAUAGGAAUGAAAUAACCAACACUAUUUCCCUCCCUUUUAUGCAACUUCUUGCUUGUGCGGCUUCAAAUGCCAUAACCAUCUGCCAUAGGUUCCAAGGCAGUGUGCAUUCUGUUCUUAUGUUUGAACUGCUAACUUGAGGUUUUUAUUUGUAACAUCGUCCAAUGUCAAAUGUCAUCCGUGUUUGGGCAACUAAAUGUUGUAAAGUGAGAUAGUUAUUUCA